CGGUGUGAAAGUGAUUUGAAUUUGGCUCGGCGGCGCUCUGCGCCUGCGCCCCGCCUCUGGCACGCUGGCUCUCCUUGCAAGCAGCUGUUUUGGGUUUGAAAUUCCAACAUGGCAGAGGCUGCAGUCCGUCUUCCCUUCAAAAACUUGGAAUGAUUUCAAACCCUAGGCGCCCCCGCUGCACCCCCGCUCCCAUUCACCGGCGGGCGCGGCGGAUCGAUGCCACGCUGACCUAUCGGCUGCUCGCCCCGCGCCUUCAGGUUAAAUGAAUACCUGACGAAAGGGCCCACGUUUCAAGGCAGUGACAUUUGAUAGCUGAGAGGAAAAGUGGCUUUAAUGAAAAGCAACCUUUGGAAUUCCUGCUUGUGAGAAAUCCAAUUCAGCUUUUUGUGCUGCCAGCAAGAAAUGAUCAGUAGCACCAGUGUUUAUGGCUUGAAGAUGCAGUGGACGCCGGAGCAUGCCCAGUGGCCAGAGCAGCACUUUGACAUCACCUCGACCACACGGUCUCCUGCCCACAAAGUCGAAGCCUACCGAGGUCAUUUGCAGCGCACCUAUCAGUACGCCUGGGCAAACGACGACAUCUCUGCCCUGACUGCAUCCAACCUGCUCAAAAAGUAUGCCGAGAAGUACUCCGGCAUCUUGGAGGGCCCCGUGGACCGACCCGUACUCAGCAACUACUCGGACGCACCGUCGGGACUGGUGAACGGUCGGAAAAAUGAAAACGAACCCUGGCAGCCGUCCUUGAACUCGGACGCCGUGUAUCCCAUGAACUGCGUCCCGGACGUGAUCGCAGCCAGCAAAGCUGGGGUCGGGUCGGCCCUCCCUCCGGCAGAUGUCUCUGCGAGCAUCGGGAGCUCUCCCGGGGUGGCCAGCAACCUGACAGAACCCAGCUAUUCCAGCAGCACCUGUGGAAGCCACACUGUACCUAGUCUCCACGCAGGGCUUCCCUCUCAGGAAUACGCCCCCGGAUACAACGGAUCUUAUUUGCAUUCUACGUACAGUGGCCAGCCAGCACCUGCACUUCCCUCGCCUCAUCCGUCUCCUCUGCAUAGCUCUGGGCUCCUCCAGCCGCCGCCGCCUCCUCCCCCGCCACCCGCCCUGGUCCCAGGCUACAACGGGACUUCCAACCUCUCCAGUUACAGCUACCCCUCUGCUAGCUAUCCCCCCCAGACUGCUGUGGGGUCUGGGUAUAGCCCCGGGGGGGCGCCCCCUCCUCCCUCAGCAUACCUGCCUUCAGGAAUCCCGGCUCCCACCCCCUUGCCCCCUACCACGGUCCCGGGCUACACCUACCAGGGUCACGGCUUGACACCCAUCGCGCCCUCUGCCCUGGCAAACAGUUCGGCGAGCUCCCUCAAAAGGAAAGCUUUCUAUAUGGCGGGGCAGGGCGACAUGGACUCCAGUUAUGGAAAUUACAGCUAUGGCCAACAGAGAUCCACGCAGAGCCCCAUGUACAGAAUGCCCGACAACAGCAUUUCAAACUCAAACCGGGGGAAUGGCUUUGACAGAAGUGCUGAAGCAUCAUCCUUAGCGUUUAAGCCAACGAAGCAGCUCUUGUCCUCUGAGCAGCAGAGGAAAUUCAGCAGCCAGUCCGGCCGGGCGCUGACCCCGCCCUCCUACAGCUCUGCUAAAACCGCGCUGGGCUCCAGGGCCAGCGAGCCCUUCGGGAAGUACACGCCGCCGGUCAUGAGCGAGCACGGGGACGAGCACAGGCAGCUCCUCUCGCACCCCAUGCCAGGCUCUGGGCUCCGUGCAGCUACCUCAUCCAACCACUCCGUGGACGAGCAACUGAAGAACACUGACACGCACCUCCUGGACCUGGUCACCAACGAGAUCAUCGCCCAGGGACCCCCCGUGGACUGGAGUGACAUCGCCGGCCUGGACCUGGUGAAGGCUGUCAUUAAAGAGGAGGUGUUGUGGCCGGUGCUGCGAUCCGACGCGUUCAGCGGGCUGACGGCCUUACCUCGGAGCAUCCUUUUGUUCGGGCCUCGGGGGACAGGCAAGACGUUACUGGGCAGGUGCAUAGCCAGUCAGCUGGGGGCCACGUUCUUCAAAAUCGCCGGCUCCGGACUCGUCGCCAAGUGGCUGGGGGAGGCAGAGAAGAUCAUCCACGCCUCUUUCCUCGUGGCCAGGUGUCGCCAGCCCUCCGUGAUCUUUGUCAGCGACAUCGACCUGCUCCUCUCCUCUCAAGUGGGCGAGGAGCACAGUCCCGUCAGUCGGAUGAGAACCGAGUUUCUGAUGCAGCUGGACACUGUACUCACUUCGGCUGAGGACCAAAUCGUAGUCAUUUGUGCCACCAGUAAACCCGAGGAAAUAGACGAAUCUCUCCGGAGGUACUUCAUGAAACGACUUUUAAUCCCACUUCCUGACAGCACAGCGAGGCACCAGAUAAUAGUACAACUGCUCUCACAGCACAAUUACUGUCUCAACGAGAAGGAGUUUGCACUGCUCGUCCAGCGCACAGAAGGCUUCUCUGGACUCGACGUGGCUCAUUUGUGUCAGGAAGCGGCGGUGGGCCCCCUCCACGCCAUGCCGGCCACAGACCUCUCGGCCAUCAUGCCCAGCCAGCUGAGGCCCGUCACGUACCAAGACUUUGAAAAUGCGUUCUGCAAGAUUCAGCCUAGCAUAUCUCAAAAAGAGCUUGAUAUGUAUGUUGAGUGGAACAAAAUGUUUGGUUGCAGUCAGUGAUAACUUCUUUUUUUUAGAAAAAAAAAAAAGUGUAAUGAAUGUUGGCACACACACACACACAAAACCUGCUACACAGGGCAUAGCGCCCCUUUCCAGUAGUGUUUCAAUUGCAAAGGAUACUGGGGGAGAGGUGGAUGAAGUUGUAUCGUUAGCAUCAGGGUAGGUUUGGAGGGGGGGAAACACAUGCAUCGAGUGAGAGCAUCUGAUCUGAAAGCCCCAGAUGACAGAGAGCAUCCAUGGAUGCUCCGUUGGGCUCAAGCCAGACGACACUCACCAAGGAGCAAGGUGCAAGUGUGUUGACUUCGGAAGGACAUGAACCUCGUGUGUUGAUUCCAUUCUGCUGUUCUCGAGAUUUAGUUGCUGUCAAGUGCCUGGAGUGGUGCUUUAUUUUUUUGUUUGCCUCACAAUUACAUUGGUGGCAUGUGCUAAUAUAAAGAGCUUUAACUUCAAACAUUAGUGGACUAAAGAGAUGAACGGUUGCGUUAUGACAGAAAACCCAGAUUUUUUGCCAUGUUAAGAGCAACAGUAUUCCUCAAUCCUGUCUGUUCUGCUGUGUUAAGCUAAGAACAGGUAAAACAGGGUAACGGUAAUCUGGACCUUAAUUUUCUGCAGUUCAUUUCUUUUAGUGUUCUUGUCUGCAAAAACUCAGGAAAGCGAUUGUGAUUUGUACAGUACCUCAAAGGAAUGUGUUGAAAGCACUAUGUACUGCUGAGAGUAAUGGGAUGGGCUUCAAUGUUACUUUAUAUUAAAAUGUAUGUUUACCUCAACGAUUGGAAAAUAGCAAGGAAAAUUACUUUGAAUGUAUCCAGAAAAACAAUGAAGUGUGAUACAACUGAAUAUUUACAAUUUAAAGUAGAAAUGGAAGGAUUUUUUUUUAAAAGGUUCUUUUACUAAUUAUGGGGAAUUAACCAGAGCAGAGUAAUUCUUUAUGUCAGUAACUGCAAGAGUUCUUUGUACAUUGCUCCUUGAUAAUGAAGUGAAAAUGUUCAUAAAAAGGUACACUGGUUAAUGGAAAGCUACUUAACUCAGUUUGUGUUAGUGUCUAGGACAGUCAGCCACAAAACCUGUUUAGGACCCUGAGGGUCAUGGUACCUACAGACUAGGACUGCAUUUUACUGCAUAGGUGGGAGUGGUGGUGGUUUGCAAGUUCUCUCUCAAAACUGCUGGGAAUGGUGUCAUUCUCUUCACUAAUCUAGCUUCAUAGGCUUGCCAUGCUAUUUAUCAGAAUGCGGAAGAUAGCAACCAAAUCAAACAAAUAACAAAAUAAAUAAAUGCAAAACACAACCGACCAACUUUUAUAUAUAUAUACAUAUAUCUACAUAUAUGUAUCCACAAAGAGCGUCUACAUCCCUUUUCCUCCUUUUUGACUGCUUUCUUGUCAGUGCGAUUUUGCUUCUCAUUUUAAACUCUUCUGGACUGUAGUGCUCCCACAUUCAUUUCUACCUCAGUUUUGUUACAUUUCUCUUGGAAAUUAAAGUAGAAAAUUGGAAGUGGACACACACACAGGCGUGCGCGCACGCGCACACACACACGCACUCUAUAGCUUGCCAAACGUGUCACUUUGUUUUCUUUUCCCAUAAAUCUAGUUUCCAAAUACAUCCGUCUUCCUGCUUACGUCUACCUGACUCUAGCUCCCACCCCAAGUGCGUAUGUAGCAUUUUUCAUCAUUUCGGAUUCCUCUCCUGCUCCCCACCAAGUUGUUCUUUGUAUUCCUGUAUGCUUUCUGUGCAACUUCUCAACGAGAGCUGACUGAUGCCUGGCAAUGCCUCUCAACAGACACAGUGUAGGCUGCAGCUUUCCGAAGCCACUGCCCAUGCAUAAGCAGACAGCCUGGCUUUUUGAAUGUAUUUUUCCUUUCUUUUUAUUUUUUUUUUAUUUCAUUUUUUAAGUCAAGAGAUGCAGUAACCAACCUGUUGCAAAGCACUGGCAUUUUAUGUAUUCCAAAAGUGAUGUACAUUUUUUAAAAAAAAAAACUUUGAAUAAAUGCAAUGGGAAGCCCCAAGAAAGUUCUUUCUGUUUUUGUUUUUGUUUCCCCUCCAAAUAUUUUUACUGAUUUCAUCCCCAAUGUAAAAUUCUCUGAAACACAACAUAGAGAAAAAGCUAAUGAGAACGUCAUGAUAUUUCUGAAAUUUUAUGCUGUUUGAUCCAUUACUCCUUGUUUUUAUUAUUUUCAUAUUGCUAAAAACUGAGCAAAUGAACCAGAAUUUAAUUUACUGUGACAUCCUAGGAAUUAAAACUGUGCUUACAUAUAAAUAUCCCACAUUAAAAAGCAGUGCCUUUCAUUAAGGAUACAAAAAUACAUCCUCUGCUUUUCACAAGGGAAUAAAUGCUACAAUCGUAUUCUGGCUCUACCCUGCACACCCCUUAUUGUAAGGAAAUUCUAAUAUCCCCAUUAACUUGUAGGUCUGUAUUGAUCUCACUGACAAGUUUACUUUUGUACAGUACUGGCCUAUUUUCUGUCUUUUAGACACUACAUUUCAUUUCCGCCAACAUGCUGUGUUUACUUGAAAGCAGCUGGCAAGUUUUGAUAAAUCCAGUCUUACUUAGACAACUUUGGAAAAUACAAUAUCGAUCCAUUUUUUUUUUUUGUGCGUGUGUGGCUAGUAAGAGUUAAUGCCAAAUAUAUGACUGCACUAUUAUGUUUUACACUCAUUUAUAAAACUGAAAAUAAGGUCAGACAUACUGGCUUUUAGCUUUAAGUGACUUAGUCAUUGCUUUGAGAUAUCAGUGGUCAAAAAAUCCAUGUAUUUAGGCAGAAGCUGAAUUCGUGUGCGAAUUUCACAUAGCCUCCUGAAUUCUAGGAUUUGAUUUCAUAAGAAAUUGGGCAUGAUGAAGAAAUGAAGAUCUGAUGGGGGAGAUAAGACUGACCCUUGAGUAGAUAGAGCUCUCCUGCGAUUCUUUGAUUCACCGUGACAGCAUUAUGAGCUCCUCUAUGGACUGGCCUAAUAAUGAGCUCUUUUUCGACUCUCCCUUCUGGAGCAUGGCGUGGGGGAUGGGGGCCACAGCCUCUGUAGUGAAUGUGCACCAUCAGUGAUAGUACAACUGAGUAAUGGGCUCCAUGCUCUUGGCCUCCUUUUGAAUUUGCUAAGAAUUUGGAGGAGGCUACUAAUGAAGCUAAGGAGUUAAUGGAGCCAGUCUAAAGCCCUUCCCUUCUGGCUGAGAGAUUUGAGCCCUUUCACUUAACAGCCCCUAAUUCUCUUCUUCACAACUGCAAUAACAUUUCCAAAUGGGACAAAAAGGAAGUGAAGAAAACCACUUCAGAAGGAUCAAUAGAAAUUCAAGAGGUAGUUCAUAAUAACCUUAUGUGUGACACAAAUGGAAAUACUCUACACUCACUUCUGGCAUGCUUCUCACCAAAAUAUUUAGAACAUUUAGUGACAAUAUGGAAAACUUUGCUGACUGAGCUGAUCAAUGGAAUGUGAAGGCAGUAUACUUUAAGGCUAUUUACUUUCACACUGAAUGUUUAUCUAUUAGUCAGUUUGUAUUCUACUCAAAUGCAGAUAGACGGGUAUAAUGUUUUCUUGUGCAUUUGAAACCUAUCAUGGAGAAAAUAAAGCAUUCCACUAAAAUGCAUAGGCCAAACGCAAUCUGGGCAAGUGAUAAAAGUUAUCCAGAGGCUAUGCUAUGUAAAAUAGCAAGGUCAAUCCACAUUGGUUGCAUAGUAUAAUACUUGGCUAUGCAGUUUUCAGAAACACUACAUCCAAGAGUCCAAAUUAAUUCCUACAAGAGGUCUUUGUAAAUGUAAACAUAUUUGUGAGUUGGAAAACAUGUUUUAGAGGCAUUUGUAAUUUCUCUGAAAAUGUAUCUAACUCCAAGAAGGAAGAUAAUACUUACAAUCCCAUUCUCGUGUUUCUUAACAAGAAUUGGGUAUUGUGAUCAGUGAAAAUGUAUUUUGCAAAGUGAAAGGGACACAGUUUGUUGAACUUUUGAGGCCACUAGAGUAAAGUUCUAAUAUAUAUAUAUACAUAUAUAUAUAUACAUAUAAAAUUGGUGUGUUUGUGUGUGUGUGUGUGUGUGUAUGUAUGUGUGCCGUUUCCACCACUAUCUGAACUUUAAAACUAACAUCUAUUUUACAUUAUUCAGAAGCAACUGUUUACUUCCUCUCUUCUUCAUGUGCGCAGAGAUAUACAUGGCCACUUUAUGAUUUAUAGUGUUUUAAGAUGUUAUUUUUCUUUUGGAAAGUAAAGCUUUUGUUGUUGAGUCACCUGCCGGUUUUCCUAGAAAGCACAUUAGCAAACAUGGAGCUAUCAGUAUUUCAGAAUUCAAAAUCAGCUGCACUUGUGACUAACCAACACAUGAACUGAAUCUCACACUCUGCUAAGACCUCUGGUUGACAUUCGAUUUUGAACCUGCCAGAUGCAUUUGUGUGAACCAGGGAUGCUGCAUCUUUAAUGAACAAGUCUCUCCUCUUUCCCUUGUUUUUAAAUACUACACAAGCAGGGUAGCACUAGGCACUGCAAUUGUCAAAGACAAUUAGACUGAAAGCAGGAAAAUCUCACCUCCCUGUCUCCGUGAUAUGUAGAAUGUCGGCAGCAUGGGUCAGCCUUGCCACAGAGUUGUGUGAGAAUAUAUGAAUCAGUCCUAUAGAAUGUUAAAUAUUUAUAAAGUGGUUCUGUAGUACACCAAGGUUGGGAGCACAUUUAUUCUUUCUUGUUGCUUUAUGAUACAAAAAAAAAGCAAAAGUUUAUUUCGAGGUUUAAAACUUAAGUCACCUCUCUCACUCAUGUAUGUGUGUGUGUGUGUGUGUGUGUGUGUGUGAUGUUUUCUUGUGGAUUUUAUACAGUUGCUAAAGAAUAUUCAUUUCUUUUUUUUUUCUUU